AUCUUCCUGAUCAUGCUCUCAACAAUGUCUUUGAUGAGACUAGCUAACAUGAGGGAGUGUGCUUUGAAGCUGCCGGGAACAAAUCGAAUAGACGGACGUCCUCUGUGCAUAACUCACGAAGAUGUGAAUCAGGCAUUUUCGGACGCGAGGCAGAAAGUUGGUCUGAGAACGCUGGCGCUUCGCGAAGUUUCGGACAUCAUGCUCGACCAGCUGGGAACCACUUUACAGGAAACCACCCGCAUAUUGGCAACAAGAUUCCGGCUGAGCGGUGACGAACUAUGGGAGGCGGUGCCAGAGGCGGACGUGUCGCGGUCGGAGGCGGCCAAGCGGUGUCCGCUGUGGCUGCGCAGCGGGGGCGGAGGCGGAGGCGGAAGAGACGGAGGCGGUUGCUCGGCCACUCGCUUCCGGCGUCACGACGGCUCCUGUAACAACCUGCGUCACUCCACAUGGGGCGCAGCUCGAACUCCCUUCAAGCGUCUUCUGCCCCCCGAGUAUGCUGAUGGCAUAAGUGCUCCGAGACUGGGAGCCAACAGAUUCCCUCUCCCGCCGGCACGAGCUGUCUCGUCGAGGGUGCAUCGAGACUUCUCCAGAGACCAUGAGCACAACGUCACCAUGAUGUUUGUCGCCUGGGGACAACUCAUCGAUCAUGAUCUCACACUCACAGCUGAAGCCAAAGAGCCGGUGACAAGGAGAGACCCUGACUGCUGUGGCCAGGGCCCGAAGCACGCCAACUGCCUGCCGGCCAGCGUACCACACGACGAUCCCUUCUACCGCAAGUACAACCAGCGCUGCAUCAGUGUUCUGCGCUCCUUGGCUGGAGCUCGGCCUGACUGUCGGCUAGGUCCACGUGUGCAAAUCAACUCGCUGACAUCGUACAUAGACGCGAAUUUCGUGUACGGAUCGAGUUUCCGAAAAGCAGACAGCCUGCGACUCCUGCAAGGCGGCCUCAUGCGCACAUCCACGCCAACCUCCUUCCAGAGCCAGGGCCUCAAGCCGUUGCUGCCGCCCAAGACAGAGCAACCUGAUGAUGGCUGCAUACGUCACAAACCCGGACUGUUCUGCUUCUAUGCAGGAGAUAACCGAGUCAAUGAGCAGUUAGCACUUGGUGUAUUGCACACUGUUUUUGUUCGUGUGCAUAAUCAGAUCGCUACUGAACUCUCCAAAAUUAACCAGCAUUGGGACGAUGAAACACUGUAUCAGGAAACGAGACACAUUGUAGCAGCAAUUGUUCAACACAUAACCUAUGGAGAAUUCCUGCCGUUAUUACUUGGUCAAGACACAAUGCGUCAGUAUGGUUUAAAUUUAAAACAGGAGGGCUAUUCGAACAGCUACGACCCUGAAGUGGAUGCCAGCAUUCCGUCGUCAUUUGCAACGGCAGCUUUCCGCUUCGGACACUCACUCCUCCCCUCAGUCAUGGAGAAGCGCAGCGCCAGUCAUCAUAUUAUUGGUGAGAAGAAGCUGAGUGAAAUGCUUCAACAGCCGUAUGACCUCUACCGGCCCGGUCUCGUCGAUCAGUACUUGAUUGGCAUGGUCGACCAGUUGGCUCAAGCAAUGGAUGAUUCAAUCACUGAGGAGGUCACCAAUCAUCUAUUUCAAGAGCCUGAAAAGCAUUUUGGGAAAGAUUUGGCCACUAUAAACAUAUUACGCGCACGUGAACAUGGAGUUCCAGGAUUUAUAAAAUAUAAAAGGCUUUGUGGCUCGGAAGACAUUGACGAUUGGCCAAAAAUGGUUUAUCAUUUCCGGAAUUCCACUAUCGACCAUUACUUGGAUUUGUACAGCGACAUCGAGGACAUAGACUUGUGGUCAGCGGGGGUGGCGGAGGUGCCGCGAAGGGGUAGCCUGGUGGGGCCGACCUUCAACUGCAUCAUCGCCGGUACAUUCAGGGAUGUCAGGCGUGGCGACCGAUUCUGGUACGAAAACGAUGGCUGGCCAAGCUCUUUCACACCAGAACAGCUUUCAGAGAUCCGAAAAAUUAAAUUAUCCAGGCUUUUAUGUGAUGCUGGUGACAAUAUUCCCACCUUACAGCUGAGAGCCAUGGAAAUAAGUGACUACAAUGUGAACCCUAGAGUAUCUUGCUCAAGUGGAUCUCUGCCUACAUUGGACCUGACAUAUUGGAAAGAUUAUACGUCAAAUAAGGGACCUGACGAGUAUUUUGCAGAGAACUCAGUUGGCUGAAGCCUGUGGAGACAUUUUUUGAAACAGUAACUAUUUUCCAAGCUCUAGUCUAUCGAACAGUGGAAAUCGCUAUGAAACUCUAGAUUCUGAUUUACUCAUACGAUGGAACAACCUGGAAUGAAAGCACUUCAUAUCAACUCUUACCGCUCAUCCUUUCCUUACAGGAAUCCAUCCUUACAAAGUCAAGAAGUUUCACAUAAGAAGGAACCGUAUAAAAGUUGGGGUUGAUUCUGAAAUAGCUCUCAAUGCAUCAAUUGGUUUACUACAACUGCGUGCUGAGAAUGAACCGAGAAAUAUAGUCAAUACAAAGGAUUUUGAUAAAUUAGUGUCGAAAUCGUAUGAAUAUUAUUGAAGUAAAGAAUUACCAAUACAUCAAUCUUUACUACUUUGUAAAUUGAAGAACUUGAUCAGCUGAAAUUCAUGUAUUGAGUCAAUUGUUAUUUGUUGAAUAAAGUUUUAAAUAAUAGCUUCAA